ACAAUCAUCACAAAACAGGUCAUUAAAAUGCUGUUAACUCUGGUGACGGUAUUUCUGAUCUGUUGGGCACCGCUUCAGAUAUUUAAUGUGAUUUUGUGGUGGAAUCAGGAGCUCAGGAUCGCUAAGACUAAACUCCAUUACUAUCUGUAUUUUGGGCUAUUUUUCGCGUUUCACUUAUUAUCACAGUUUCACACAUUCCUCAAUCCAUUCAUCUACUGCUAUAUGAGCAACAAUUUUAGCGUCUCUGAUUUGCGAUCAAUUCUGGACCGACGACUACCCAAAUCCUGUUAUGAGAAGCCGAUGCACAGGCGGUCUGAUGUGGACAGGAAUUCAUUGGAGUUCAGAACCGCCAGAACGGGAACGCCUUCCACCACCAAAACACAGCUUUCAAUCAACAUUUCUGUGGUCUGAAAGCUGUGAAGACAUAAGUGGCGAAGAAGUGGUCCAUUAUAUUAUGUUCAGCACAAACACAACACCAAAAAUGUACACAAAACUAGAAUUUUUGCGUUUUUAUGUUAUUUUCAUUACAACUAAUGAAACACUAAAAUCAAGAGUAAAAUUAGAGAAAAUGCUUUAUUUUAAGAGCUCUAACUCCUUAUGGUUGGAAACAAAGUGUUUUAAACUAAAUUAAUUUGUUUCAAUAGAUUUAUAUGUUUUCAUUAGCACUUAAACAGCU